CAUUCUGCUGCAUAUAGAGCCACCCAGGCUAUGGUUCUUGAAGGACAAUACGAUGCAGAAAAGAGGGUGUUGCUCUUCAUCUCCAUAUACUUUGUUACUGGAAUUACCACUUUCAUUCUUGGAAUAGUAGGGAUUGUGAUAGACAUCACAGAUUUCCAUACAAACUAUUCAUACGUCAAAAAGACAGAUCACAAAGUCAUGAUUGGCAUCAACACAUUUCUGCUUUUUGAGGCAGGACUAGUCCCACUGCAAGGAUUCCUGAAUGCUGUGGCCUAUGGCUGGACUCGUGGGGAUUUUCUAAGUGUCAUGUCCACCCAACACAACCUGAGCAACCUCUCAGACUCACAGCCCCACUCUUAUGGCUCAGUCAACAGGAUCUGAUGUGAGGAGAGAUGCUGAAGAUGAUGAAGAUGAGGACUCAGAGCCCUCGUCAUCUGCUGAUACCAAAAGAUAGGGAGGACUUGUUGAGAAGAGACCUCUGCUGGCCAUUACACCAGGGACCCCAGACUAUCCAACAUAGUUAGGGUUUAUUAGCCAGACCGUUAUGAGGGUUGGAGGAGC